AUGGCUACAACAGCCUUACCAACGCAGCCGAAAGCUCCAAUACAGCCGCAACAGCCCACUCGACCAAAACUACCCGUCCAACCCAGUGCACCGAGUGGUCCAAAACCGAAUCAGAGCAUCUACAUCCAGAACCUGCCCGACAAACUGCAAAAGCACGAUCUCAAGCGCAAUCUCUACAUGCUGUUCUCGAGCUAUGGCCCGAUUCUCGAUAUCACGACUCUCAAGACGGCGAAGAUGAGGGGACAGGCGCAUAUUUUGUUCAGGGACGUGCAGAGCGCGACGCAAGCCAUGCGCGGCUGUCAAGGGUUCGAGUUCUUUGGCAAGGAGAUGGUAAGUCAACGUGUGGCAUGAGCCACGAGAGUAAAAUGAACAGCGAAAUCGAGCAUGACGCAUCGGAUCUUCGCAAUACAUGGGCAUGGGGCACUUGGAAGUCACCAUGUGCUUGUGCAUCCAGCGAGGGACAGCGUUGUACACUUUUGGACCUCUCCCCGAAAAAGUACUUGCAAUUAGGAUGCAUGGCAGGCGUGUGUUGGAGCCUAGAUUGAAUUGAAAAUCGAGGAUGAAAGGAUACUUCGGUGGAUGCCCGCUAUUACAAGAACAUUUGCUAACCAGCUCCUUUCACAGAAAAUCAGCUACGCCAAAUCGCGUUCCAACAUGCUCGCGAAGCUGACAGGCACUUUCACCGAACCUGGUGCUGAAGAGGCAAAGACGAAUGCGUCACAGCAACCAUCAAGUGGUCUUCCUGCACCACCCGGAACUACCCCCUCUUCGCUACCUGCGCCGCCUGCCAGCCUCCCUCCACCACCCGGCAUGUCAAACGGCCCAGUACAGCCCGGCCUACAGCCCGUGCAACCUGGCGCCGAGAACGCCGCGAGUCCAGCGGUAUCAGCCGGCACGAAGAGAACCAGAGACGAUAGCGAUGGCGAGGAGGACGAUGGUGAAGCGCCGAUGGAGGAAAGUGACGAUGGUGGAGAGAUGGAAAUGAGUGAUGACGAUUGA